AUGACAAGAGGGUUUCAUGAAGAUUAGCAGUUCAAGAAAGAAUUUUUAUAAAUAGUUGAUGCUCAUGGUGGAGAAAAUUGUAGACAUUGGACAAAAGUUGCAAGAGUCUAUUUUGAAACAACAGGGAUUUAAGUUAACUAAACAUAUAAAUUGAGAAAGAGAUGGGAAACAUUGACAGGAUAUAAGGAAAAUCUAAGUGAGGAAUAAGCAAAGAUUCUAUAUGAAACAGGAAUAAAAUGUAGAGGAAAUAACAAAGGUGGUUUAUAGAAUUUUACAUAAUAAACAGGAGUGAGGUAAAAUUAAUUAUGGAUAUUUUAGAAUGUACUUAGGAAGAUAUACAAAAACAAUAUCAAAAUGGUUAAGAGGAGCAAUAAAGUUAUUUUAGGAAAUGUAUAUUCAUGAUAAAAAGACAAGAUAUAGAAGAUUAGAUGAGGAUAAUUAUCGUUUAUCUUAUGUUUCAAUCCAUAUAAUGUUGAGAGCAGUUGAUGUAAAUGAUAUUGGAGAUGAUCCAAUAUUCUAAGAAUUAAAAUAAUGUGCAAUAAAAUUAGAGUAAUUAUUAUUAUUACAUGCUUAAAUUCACAAAGAAUUCAAUAAAAGGGAAAAUUAUGAGAAUUAUGAAAUAUAUAAAAAUUUAUUAAGGAGAUGGUAAUUUAGGAGAAUAAUGUUUUUUUUGGAUUAUGUUAAUGAAUUAAAAUAAAUAAGUAUCAGUUAUUAUAAGGAAUUGGUCAUUUUAGCACAUCCUUUAUUGAAAUAAUCUAUAGAGUUGAAUAAGAAGACUGAAAUUUAUUAGAAGAUUAUAUUAGAAUCUGAUUGGCAAUCAAAAUAUUAAUUAUAUAAUUUAUGUCAAGGGUUACAAGAAAAUUAAGAAUAUUCUAUGUUAAUAAAGAAGGCAUCAAAAAAGUAAAAAGAUCAAACAAAUAAAGAAAUAUAAGAUAAUUUAUAAGAUGUAGAAUAAAAUAUUGAAAAUGAAAAUGUUUUGUAAGGAUAUGAUGUUGUUUCAAAAUCUGUACAUAAAGUAUGUAAUAAAAUGGCACAUGCAAGAAUAACUCCGACAGAAAAAUAAAAAUUAAGAACUUUUCGUGGUCAUUAUGUUAGACCAGGAUAAAUUAAAUCAAAGGGUUGGACUACAAUAUUGUUUGAUCAUGACCUUCCUUCAAGUUAGGAUGAAAAAGAAAUAGAAGAUUAACAAAAUUUUAGUAAUUUAGAUAUGAAAGAACUUUCUAAAAUAUACAAUAGCAAUUUUGAUAAGGAUAUUUUAAAAUUGUAAGGUAAAUAAAGGGUAAAAAAAUAGAAGAAAAACAAACCAUAUGCAUUUUGA